AUGUCUGCCGCGAGUCUACUGCGAUGCAUUACAAGGCCAGCCGGCUGUUCUCGACAUGUCUCACUAGGGUCGCGGUCACUAUCUCAGAAGUCUAAGAAAGCCGGGCCUGCCCUCCCGAAAAACAAAAUGCGUGCGCUGGUCUCGCUCUACCAUGAAGCCGACAGCUUCAUUGCCCCCCACCGCCUCCUCUCCGAGAUCGACGCCGCAUUCUUGCCGUUCGACAGCGUGUACAAUGCGCGGACAGAGGAGGAGCCGUACAAGACCAUCGAAAGUCAGGCGAGGCAGAGACGGGCGCUCCCCAAGAUCGGCCAGUCCACGGUCGUGGCUCCGGUGUCUGAGCAGCAGGGCAGGGACUGGAGCGAGCAGAGGAGCGGGCCGGAGAGGAUGAUCAUUGAGGCGCUGUAUGGCGUCGAUGGACGGGGGCUUCCGGGGCUCGAAGCACUGGAGGAAGAGCAUGAGCGGAUACAGGAACACUUGAGAAGAGAUCGUACGGCGCAGCAGCGGAUUGCAGCAGGCAGAGAGGCGGAGCAGGUGCUGCCUCUAAAGCGUCUGCUUGACGCUCACCUUGUUCGCCUUGUUGUCUUCGUUGCUCACUCUGGGAUGUUGUCGGGCAUCACGAUCGCUACAGGCUAG